CUAGCAGAUGAAUUAACCUGCAUGUGGAUGUUUUUCUCUGCCUGCGCUCUGAUUGGUGGAUUGCUGUGAUGUCAUCAGUGGGUCGGCGGGCGCUACUCGUUGUGGUCGGCCAUCGGUCUGUCCAUCGCUCUGCACAUCGGGUUCGAGAACUUCGAGCAGCUUCUGUCUGGAGCCCACUGGAUGGAUAACCACUUCCGCAGCGCCCCUCUGGAGCGGAACGUGCCGGUCCUCCUGGCCCUGCUGGGGGUCUGGUACAUCAACCUGUGGGGGGCGGAGACCCAGGCCCUGCUGCCCUACGACCAGUACCUGCACCGCUUCGCCGCCUACUUCCAGCAGGGGGACAUGGAGUCCAACGGGAAGUACAUCACGGCCGACGGGUCCCGGGUGGACUACCACACCGGACCCAUCGUCUGGGGGGAACCGGGAACCAACGGCCAGCACGCCUUCUACCAGCUGAUCCACCAAGGAACUCGGAUGAUUCCUGCUGACUUCCUCAUCCCGGCUCAGUCUCAACAUCCAAUCAGAGACAACCUCCAUCACAAGAUCCUGAUGGCGAACUUCCUGGCCCAGACCGAGGCCCUGAUGAAGGGGAAGACCCCCGAGGAGGCGCAGGGGGAGCUGGAGGCGGCCGGCCUGAAGGGAGACCGGCUGCACAAGCUGCUGCCGCACAAGGUCUUCCAGGGAAACAAACCCAGCAACUCCAUCGUCUUCAAGAAGCUGAGCCCCUUCACUCUGGGAGCUCUGAUUGCCAUGUACGAACACAAGAUCUUCGUCCAGGGAGUGGUGUGGAACAUCAACAGCUACGACCAGUGGGGGGUGGAGCUGGGGAAGCAGCUGGCGAAGCGGAUCGAGCCGGAGCUGAAGGACGCCUCGGAGGUCGGUUCCCACGACUCGUCCACCAACGGACUGAUCAACUUCCUGAAGAAGAACUUCGCCUGAGCUGUGGCCCCGCCCCCCCGCCUCGCCCCGCUCCCAUUGGCGGAGUGGUUCUGGGAACCAGCAGCUUUAGUGUGAAGGAGUGUGUGUUGCUUUGUGGACGAACGUCCAGCGUCUCCGUGUCAACGUGCUCGUGACUGUAGGUGGUUCCUUCAAAAUAAAAGCUUUGUCACCCUGCUGA